AUGGGUCAAGAAGCUGGCAAACCUGCCUGGCCCAAACCAUCAGGAAGCUAUCAAACUAUUACAGGUAGAAGAUAUGGAAGAAGACAUACCUGUGUCAGCUUUAGAAGAUCUUUGAAUAGCCAAGACAGAGAUGAACAUCAACGUGAAGACUAUAGACAAUUAGAAGGGGAGAAUGUUCAGAAAGAUAAUUCUUUACUUUUCUGUGAUGGUUCCAGUCCACUGGUUCAGGUAUCUUCUGAUUUAUUAGAUGAGCCUUUAUUAGAAAAUACUGGAACUGGAGAACCCAUUUGCCAAACUGCAUCGAGCCAAACUUUUGAAGCAAGCAUGACACCAUUUUCUCUAUUCUCUUAUGGUCUGGAAGGCAACAGAAUCUCAGGGAGCUCUGUGAAUCCUUAUGAAAAUUCUGAAGACCUUGCAGAAUAUACAUCUGGGGAACAUAGUGAUUUGAAUGGUCAGAAUGGAAUUGCUUUUGUAAACAUUGACUCUUAUGAACCAGAUAGCAGUGAUGGAGAGGAAGAUGAUGCUCAGGACAAACUUUCUUUGGCAAGAGAAGCAGAAGGUGUAUUUCAGGGAACACUAGAUAACAUGUUUUCUGAGUUAGAAAAUGGCAUAGAGUAUUUUACUGACUUACAGUCCCGAUUUUCCACUCUCACCCACAGUGUUUCUAGAGAAUGUUGUGAAGCAGCAGGACCAAUGCCUUUAAUGAGAUAUUUUAGCAUAGAUUCAGACUUGGCAUGUCCAGACAACAGGACAUUACAAUUGCCUGCUGAAGAUCAAGCUGUACCAGAAAGUAACUUGAGUGGUGCCGGUUGUGAAACACAGCAGAUAAGAAAUGUAGUGGAUGUUGGAAUCGGAACUGCUAUAGCGAUUGAUAAUGAAUUAAAUGUCAGUGAUGGAAGGAUUGACCAAGGAAAUUCACCUCAGCUAGUAGUGAGACCUAAAAUAAGAAAACAAAAUACUGCAAAUCAGUUGGAGAGAGAGAGGCAUUUCCCUAAUGAUAUAGAAGAGGAGAGUGGUUCCUGGAGAACUGAAGUUCCUGGAGUCCAGCGAGGCCGUACUGAGCCUGCCUUGAGAAGUAGUGAAGAAUACAUGAGUUCUAGUAUGUUCUUUGACUCAAGAGAGUAUGAAGGUCAUCAAAAUAACACAGAAAUAGUCCUAGGGAGAAAUGCAGCAGCUAAAGAUCAAAAAGAAGUGACAGAUGAUGGCACUGUCUGGGAUGAUUUUGAAGACGGCAACAGACAUUCACCAGUGUCCCACAAUGAUGAAGACAGGUCAGAAUGGAGUGAUGGAGAAUGGUCUACAUCUGUGCCUCCCUAUUUUACUGUCACUGAUAAAGACCAGUCCUCAAGUGAUGAGAGCUGGGAGACUGUUCCAGUCCGGGACGAAUGUGAUCCUGAAGUGCAGAGCAGCAGCAGUGGCAUAGAAGAGGAGAACACAGAUGUUUGUUUCCAAGGACGGGAACAGACCUUAUUGGAGGAAGGAGAAGUUCCUUGGUUACGUUACCGGGAAGAAGUAGAAAGUAGCAGUGGUGAGGAAAAUGACCUGGUUAGUGAUUUUGUGCAUCCUGGAUUCUUUCUGUUGGAUGGAAAUAACAACCUUGAGGAUGACUCCAGUGUGAGUGAAGACCUGGAUGUGGAGUGGAGGAUACUUGAUGAGUUUGGGGAUGGCCUAGGGCUUGCUCGAGCCAUUCCUUAUAUGGAUCCUCAGUUUCUCGCAUUUGUGGCACUGGAGGGACGCUUACAAGCUAUGGAGGCUGCUGUUGUCCAUUUGGAGUCUCUUGGAUUUGAUGGUGAACAAGCUUGUCCACCAGCUACCAAAGAAACCAUAGAUCAUCUUACGCAGAUUGUUGUCACAGCUGACCAUGAAGGUAUGGAUCAAGAGCAGUGUUGCACUAUCUGUUGCAGUGAAUAUGUGAAAGGUGAAAUCGUAACAGAGCUACCCUGUCAUCAUUUGUUUCACAAACCUUGUGUAACUCUUUGGUUACAGAAGUCAGGAACAUGCCCAGUUUGUCGUCAUGUGCUUGCGCCUGUGCCUCCUGAAGCAGCUGCUGCCACCGUUUCCGUUCUGUCUGAUGAUGAUUCAGCAUCUUCUGUUCACAGUGCUACAGGAACUUCAAACUAG